AUGUCGGAGAUCACUUUGAAAGGCAGCCUUGCUAGUAGCUCGUCGUCAUCGCCGCCGCCACCACCCACAUUUUCUCGUCUCAGCUCCCGGUCCAAGGCCAUCGCCAAGCAGUAUGAUGCAGCUCUAGCUUUGGCCUCGACUGCCGAUUCGUCCGUGGACGACCUUUACAAGAUCACCUGGGGCCAAAGACGUUUUGUCGUUGCAAGCCUCUUGGACAAAAGGAAAAGCAGGGGCAGGCGAAGCUGGAUUGAAAACCAUGGUUGGUUCCUAGCAGAGUUGAGGAAAGACAAUACGUCCAGCGGGGACAUCUGGUGUUGCCGUCUCUGCGAUGAUAAGGGUGCGCCACGGUUUUUUAAUGCUCAGUCGACAUCAUCGGCAUCGGCUCAUCUUUUCAAGUUCGUGCUUCUUCUCAUCUCCAGGUUAUCCCUGACAGUUUUUAGAGCCCACAGGAUCACCGAGACCUUUGAAGCAAAUCCACCCGGUGACUCUUCAGUUCUCGAUCUUCAGAGAGAUGCAUCCAAGAAACGGCCGGCUUCUUCCUCCUUCCUUCUUCCUCGAGCGAAGAUGGCACGGAUUAGAGAGCUCUCUGUUGGUUAUAUCGUUGACUCUAAUCUUCCCUUCACUACUUUCGAGAGUACCUAUCUACAGGAGCUGUUCCGUCAGCUGGACUCUGAUCUUUAUGCUCAGGUGCCCUGGGGUCGAACUGCGACCAAGAAAGAUCUAGAGGACGUACUCGUUUCCAAGAGAGCGGCUGUCAAGGAAGAACUCAAUAAUGCUGUUACCCAAAUACAUCUUAGCUUCGACCUCUGGACCUCUCCGAACAGAUUGGCUUUUAUUUCCAUAUUUGGUCACUAUAUCGAUCGGAGACACUUGUACCAAAGCCGACUGCUUGCUUUCAAAAGGCAGAUCGGAUCUCACGCCGGCGAGAACAUCGCUUACACUCUAAGGAAUGUCGUCCGUGAUUGGGGCAUCGAUUUUAAGCUCGGAGUCUCGAUCUGCGAUAACGCGACUAGUAAUGAUGUCUGCUUGCGAAGCCUCUACACAACUCUUGAUGCCUCGAUAACUCGAGCGGAUACGGAAGCACGAAGGAUGCGAUGUUUCGGUCAUAUUUUAAACCUCGUUGCCCAGGCCUUCCUCUACGGCGAUGAUGCAGCUUCUUUCGAACUUCAGUCUGAGGCUUAUGGCAUGUUAGAGCAGGUUGAAGAAGACCUCGAACACUGGCGAGCCAAGGGCCCGGUUGGGAAGCUCCACAAUAUAGUUAAGUUCAUCCGAGCCUCUCCGCAACGUACCGAAGCAUUCAAAGCACAUGCUAGGGAGCAGGAGGAGGUAGACACAUACAAGCUUACAGAAGAAUCAACCGCCGAGCUUGAAGUCAUACAGAACAACGCUACGAGAUGGAACUCGACGUUUAUGAUGAUUGAGCGUGCCUUGGUCAAGCAGUCCGAGCUCAACAGCUUCAUUCAGGAGUUAGGGCUAGAAGCAGACGCCUCAAGGAGGGUCCCAACGGCUGACAUUCUGACGUCGGAUGAUUGGAAGGUCCUCAGGGAAGUCAGUCAUAUCUUGGAGCCGAUCUUCAAUAUGACGAUGAGAACACAGGGGUGGGGUACAAGCGGGCGUCACGGCCGGCUCUGGGAAGUCAUGACAGGAAUGGAGUUUGUGCUAGAGCAUCUCGAAAACUGGAAGACUCUCUAUGAGGAUGAAACUGCUGAUACGGCUGCAGAAGGAAGAUAUACAGCCCAGGGGGAGGAAGCUGGACCGGCCACGAGUGCGACAUCAACACUUUCGCGGUCACCGACAGUCGGAGAAAUCCGAGAGCGACCCUCGCGACAGUCACGAUUACCAUCACGACUUCAAGGAUAUGAAAUCACACCAUUGCGUCGCCGUCGCGAAACCGCUCUGCCAACUCGUCAAGCGGCCAGCUCACAGUUUAACGAAGAUGCGCUUCCUGAACAUUCUCGAGAAGACUACCUGCAGGACGAUGCUCGUUCAGUGAGUAAUGUUGCCAGUAUGGAGGGCCAGGAGCGCGCUAGCAUCAGGGCAAGUAUAAAUAAUGCCUGGAUCAAACUGAACAACUACUACACUCUUCUCGGACGGUCGCCUCUGUUUGCAGCUUCUGUUGUUCUGAAUCCGGACCUUGGACUCCGAUGGCUGGAGACCAAUUGGACUUCUCCAGAACAGCUACAAUGGCUUCGAGAUGCAAAGGAUGGCAUCAAGGUCUAUUUUGAGCGUUGGUAUUCGAAGAAUGACAAUGAUAUUUCUGAGAAUAUCUUCGUCACGCUCCCGUUGACGCCCAGACCUGAGCAAAGUAGGUUUGGGCAGUGGAUAAAAAGCCGGCAACCCAAGCUGUCGGCAACAGGCAGUGAACUUGAACGAUACUACAGGCUUGAGCCGGAGCAGGUAGAUGACCCCGUUCGUUGGUGGAUUGACCAUAGCAAUGCUUUCCCGCGCUUGAGUAGGUUUGCACUGGAUGUUCUUGCUAUUCCGGCUAUGUCAACCGACUGCGAGAGGGCAUUUAGUCUUGCGAAGCUUACAGUAAGCUCACAGCGACACUCUUUACUUGGAUCCAGCAUCGAGUCGAUCCAGCUAUUGAAGAACUGGGUCAGAGGAGGGUGUGUUACUCUCGGAGGCCUGUGCUCGAGUAACAAGGCCAGCUAG